GCUGUCUCGGGAUGCUACAGGCACUGCUGAUGUAAACAUGUCCAAGAGCACCACAGUUCAGAGCCAUUGUACUAAUCAGUUUAUAAACAAGAGGCCUUUAGAAAUUCCCGAGGAAUCUACCAGCAAAAGAAAGGCAAUCUGGGGAAUCCUCACCAGCCAAGGUUCCUGGGCUGACCGUUCACCUUUACAUGAGGCAGCCAGUCAGGGACGCCUCCUAUCCCUCAAAACCUUGCUUGCACAGGGUCACAGUGCCAACACGUUGACAAUAGAUCAUGUUUCUCCCCUGCACGAUGCCUGUCUGGGGAACCACGUAGCCUGUGCAAAAGCCCUCAUAGAAGCAGGUGCCAAUGUCAAUGCCACUACUAUUGAUGGAAUCACUCCCCUGUUCAAUGCGUGUUCCAGUGGCAGUGCGAGUUGUGCAGAGCUGGUAUUGCAGAAUGGUGCCAAACUACAAGGGCAGGACUGUUGCGCUUCAGCCAUUCAUGAAGCAUCAAGCAAAGGUCGCAGCGAAUGUAUGCAAGUGUUGAUCUCCUGGGGUGUGGACAUUGACUUGGAUAUCUCUCAUCAGGGAACACCCCUUUAUGUAGCUUGUGUCCAUCAACAGUUGUUUUGCAUUAAAAAGCUUCUUCAUGCAGGUGCCAAUGUCCAGAAAGGCAAACAUUUGGAGACUCCCUUACAUGCUGCUGCCCGUCAGUCCAAUCCAGAAAUUGUUAAGAUGCUGCUUGAGUUUGGAGCAGACAUUAGUGCCAGAAAUGCUGAAGCAGAGAGGCCUAUUGAUGUCGCUGUCACCAGUAGUCCAGUGGACAGGUUGCUUCUGCAUUAUGAAGCAACACCGAGCUCCCUGUGCCAGUUGUGCCGCCUGUGUGUUCGAGGUUGUCUCGGAAGAGCCCGCUUACAGUUCAUUCCACAGCUGGAAUUACCCAAACUACUGAAGGACUUCUUGCAGCAUAAGUAACCUACUUCCCUUUGAAUCCAACAGUCUGUAUGGGAAGCUGGUUUCAAAUCUUGGCUCUGCUCUUUUCUGUAUAUAGAGCAUGUUUUAAACCUGUUUCAAUGUAGUGCAAUGGCAACCCAUUGUAACCCCUGUUUUUGUAGGCUGUUUGUCUUUGUCUGGGCAGCUAAGAAUGUAGUACUGUACCAUGAAACGAACUGGAUCAGCGUCAGUCCACAGUGAGAUCACUGAUUUUUUCCCUUCCUUCCCUGUAAGCAGUGGGAGAGGAAUUCUUCCCAAUCUUGCCUGUUGCUUUGGUGCAAAAUUCAAGUUAGGUGUGAGAGGCAGCAUCAAUUCCUGGGCAUGACCCCCUGGACAUGAGUUUUACCCUGCUGGAGACUUAUAAGUGCUUGGAUAGCUACCCAGUGCAAGUAAAGUCAAUGUGCUGCCUUUUCUGGAGAUCUGGAACACAAACAGAAAGUACUCAGCAGGUCUGAAUGCAGCUGUGGAGACAGAAACAGAGUUAAUGUCUGAGUUCAAUGUGAGUCUUCUUUGGAAUUGAAUGGAAUGUAUUUAUUCACUAUGAAUUCUUUCUUCUACUUUGAUUAGACCUCCUACCCAAUACCAUCAUUCCCAGUGUCUUGUUUGUAUGGGUUUGCUCUCAGCAGAUAGAAUUGAAGAACCCCUAAAGAGUGGAAGCAGGCCAUUCAGCCCAUUGAGUCCACACUGACCAUUCAAAGAGAAGCCCGCCUAGACCCAACCCCCCAACUUUAUCCCUGUGACCCUGCAUUUCCCAUGGUUAAUCAACAUAACCUGCACAUCCCUGGACACUAUCGACAAUUUAGC